AUGCCUCCACCAUAUAUAUCAUCCCUUCGCCUUUUCAUUUCGUCUGCAGCCACCCUUAUCAGAAACCCUAAGCCUGCAGCGCGGCCCCGAACAACAACCGCCAACAUGAAGUACAACCCCAGAGUGUCCUCCUCCAGGCGCAAGAACCGGAAGGCCCACUUCACGGCUCCGUCCUCUGUGCGGAGGAUCUUAAUGAGCGCCCCGCUCUCCACGGACCUCCGCCAGAAGUACAACGUCCGAUCCAUGCCAGUCCGCAAGGACGAUGAAGUCCAGGUUGUUCGUGGGACCUACAAAGGACGUGAGGGCAAGGUUGUUCAAGUUUAUCGCAAAAAGUGGGUCAUCCACAUCGAGAGGAUUACUCGCGAGAAAGUGAACGGUUCGACAGUUAAUGUCGGUAUCAACCCAUCCAAGGUUGUUAUUACAAAGUUGAGGCUUGAUAAGGAUAGGAAGUCUUUGUUGGAUCGCAAGGCAAAGGGGCGGACUGUUGGAGACAAAGAGAAGGGCACUAAGUUCACUGCUGAAGAUAUCAUGCAGAGUGUGGAUUAA